AUGAGUACCGGAAGCCCCCCCGAAGAGGCCUUGGCCCAGGUGCUCGGCUCCCUGCGCUCCAUCCAGCAAACCCAGUCGGACCUUGUAGCUGCCGUCGAUUCAUUGACCCAGCGAUACCAUCAGCUGUCUGGUGAUGCCAAUGUCGCCGCCGCACUUGCCCCGAGCCCCGCUAUCGGCGUAGCCCCCGAAGCACCCCGCACCUCCGAUGCUGCCGGUGGCUCGGACCAGCAGUCAUCCGAUCUGACCCUCCAGGCCCCGGCAGUUCCUUCGUCCCCAAGCCAGCGAUCCGGCCUCACGUCCCGUAUCAUUUUAACAACAUACCCAAAGCAGAUUGGCAUCAAGCCCCUGCCCCUGACUUGGGGCGAGGGAGAGCCUCAUCGCCGAGGUCCAGUUGUCGUUUCCCGAUCUUCAUCCACCAUUGGAAGACGUAACGCUCUUACCAGUGGCGGGUCGUAUUCAAUUUACUAUGCUUUGGCUGUUGCUAGCAAACAGCUUAACCUGGAGCAUAGACCCGAUUUCACUAACACGGAGCCGGCUGCCAAAAUUGGACCCUUUCCUCAAUGGGGAGACCCUAAGAAGAUUGUGGCCAUGGAUCCUUGGGGACAUUUGGCGCCGUGGCUCUUCAAGGACACGAUUGAAAGAGACAAUGUCGAUAUCCGCCCAACUAUCGCCAUCACUAAGGCACACAUGAAGCUGCCGGAGCUGGAAGAAAGCGUCAGGACGGGAAGGCUCGUUCCUGACGGCAAGGUCUGUAUUAACAACCUCGGAGAGCUUGCUGUGACCAAGUUUGCCGUUGAGCCUGUGUGGUAUCUGCCUGGGGUUGCCGAGAGAUUCGGCAUCGACGAGGGGGCCUUGAGGCGAUCCUUGUUCGAGCACACGGGCGGUAGUUACCCCGAGUUAAUCACUCGCGGAGACAUCAAAGUUUUCCUUCCCCCCAUCGGUGGGCUGACCGUGUACUGUUUCGGUGAUCCCGCCAAGAUGUCAGAUGAGUCGGUGCGGUUGGCAUUGCGCAUCCACGAUGAGUGCAACGGGAGUGAUGUCUUUGGAUCGGAUAUCUGCACCUGUCGUCCUUAUCUCAUCUUUGGCAUCGAAGAGGCGGUCAAGGAAGCCCAGAAUGGUGGCAGCGGCGUUGUGAUAUACUUUAGGAAAGAAGGCAGAGCUCUCGGUGAAGUCACCAAGAUGCUGACGGGGAACAUAGUCGUGUACAACGCUCGUAAGCGGGGUGAAGACCGGGCGUCAGACUACUUCAAGAGAACCGAGAACAUUGCAGGUGUCAAGGACAUGCGUUUCCAGGCCCUGAUGCCGGAUAUCCUCCACUGGCUUGGAAUCCGGAAGAUUGAUCGCAUGCUCAGCAUGAGCAACAUGAAGCACGACGCCAUCGUGGGGCAAGGAAUUCCCAUCCAUGAGCGGGUAGAACUCCCAGAGGAAUUGAUACCGGCAGAUUCCCGAGUCGAGAUAGACGCGAAAAUCACCGCAGGCAAGCCAACACAAAGAUUAGGGUACUUCACCGCUGGAAAGCGUAUGACGGAAGAAGAGCUGAGGGCUGUGCAGGGCCGGCUCUGGGAAGAGUAUGUUCCCCCAAGUUGGGGUUGGAGCCAAUUCAUCGACCGCUGA